AUGUUAAGCAGCAGAUGCUCCGCACCCUGUGAGGUGACCUGCCCGCAGCCCUUCGCCAACGUCUGCAGCCAGCCCUGUGUCACCUCCUGUGGGGACUCCCGUGCUGUCAUCUACCCCCCACCUGUGCUCAUCAACUUCCCAGGCCCCAUCCUCAACUCCUGCCCACAGGAGAGCGUUGUGGGCAACUCAUUCCCAUCACCCAUUGGGGGCUUCUCAGGACCACAGAGCUCCGGUGAAUCAGGGGGCUCUUUUGGUUCUGGUGGCUCCUAUGGUGGAGGCAGCUCCUAUGGAGGGAGCAUUGGGGGUUCCUAUGGAGGAGGCAGCUCCUAUGGAGGGGGCAUUGGGGGUUCCUACGGAGGAGGCAGCUCCUAUGGAGGGGGCAGGUCAUUUGGCUCCGGGGGCUCAUUUGGAGGCAGAAGAUCCAUCAUCUCCAGGAGCUGCUAUGGAGGUGGCUUUGGAGGAGGCAGCUCCUACGGCGGUGGCUCCUCUGGGGGAGGGCGCUCCUUUGGCAUAGCCAGCUGCUAUGGAGGCAGUGGCUCCUCUGGGUUCCGCAGGUCGAGUGGGGGAAGCUGUGGUUACUUCUGA